AUGAUGAUCAGUUUAAGGUUCCAUCUUUGCUUCUUGGUUUUGCAUGCAAGCAUUAGUAUCCAGACAACCCAAUGCCAUGGUGAAAUCUGCCUGCCAAAGAAUCAUGUUGCCUUAUUCAUUUUUGGGGAUUCAGAAGUGGAUGCUGGAAACAAUAACUACAUCAAUACCACUACUGAUUUCCAGGCAAAUUAUUCACCUUAUGGGGAAAACUUCUUCAGCAUUAUUGCGGCUGAGUAUGCAAAAUUGCCACUACUUCUACCAUAUCUACAACCUGGUUAUAAACGGUAUAUUGAUGGGGCUAAUUUGUAUCAAUUGGAGCUGGUGUUCUUGAUGAAACUCGUAAAGGAUUGUUUGCUUUUCUUACUCCCUCCAUAUCAGGUCAUAAGCCUAAACACUCAACUCAAUUAUUUCAACAAAGUGGAGACUCUGUUGAGGCAUGAAAUAGGUAAAAAAGAAGCAAAGGCGUUGGUGGUCAAAGCUGUUUACUUUUAUAGCAUAGGAAGCAUCGAUUAUUUUGUGCCCUUUACCACAAACCCCAGUUUGCUUCAAACCUACUCUGACGAAGAAUACGUAAAUAUGGUGAUUGGCAACUUGACGACUGUGAUCAAAGAAAUGUAUAAGAAAGAAGGAAGAAAAUAUGUAUUCCUUAGCUUGGCACCAUGGGGUUGUACCCCACUUUUUAAAGCAUUAGAACCGGGAAAAACAGGUGAAUGCAUCGACGGACUUACAACAAUAGUAAAACUACAAAACAAAGCACUUUUUGAAGUCCUUCCAAAGCUAGAGAGAGAGCUCAAAGGAUUCAAAUAUUCAAUAGCCGAUUUCUACACUUUUCUAAUUGAAAGAAUUAAUAACCCUUCAAAAUAUGGUUUCAAAGAAAGGAAGAUUGCAUGUUUUGGAACUGGUCCAUACAGGGGAAUUCCCAGUUGUGCAGGAAAGAGAUCAGUCAAAGAGUACGAAUUAUGUGCGAAUGUUAGUGACUAUGUGUUCUUUGACUCUGCUCACUUUUCCGAAAAGGUCUACCAACAAUUUGCAGAGCUACUUUGGAGUGGAACUCCCAAUAUCACUAGACCUUACAAUGUCAAAUCAUUGUUUGAACAUUGA